UGUCCCCGCCGUGGGUGAGGAUGGCAGAGGAAGGGGGCAGUGUGGAGGAGGGGGAUGUGUUCCUAGCAUUCGCCCAGGGUCCCACUCCUCCUCGGGGGCCCGUGCGGCGCGCUUUGGACAAGAUCUUCUUCACCUUCUUGGUCCUCUUCCUGACACUGCUCAUGCUGGAGGCUGCUUACAAACUGCUGUGGCCCCUGCCAUGGGCUACAUUUCGGGACUGGCUCCUGAAGACACCCAAGGAGGAAGAGGCGCUGGAACUCUGAGCAUCUCCCCGUAGAGAUCC